AUGUCGCAUCCAUCAUGUGUCUACACGCCGCAACUGUUGGUGCCGCGCACGACAUCGACAUCGCAACAAUCAAGAGCAACCGAAGAUCGCACAAAAAGAACAUCUUCACAACCCGAUGAUACCCUCACGCCCAGAGAUUCUCCUCCUCCUCCAUCCAUACAUCAUAGUACAUCGCGCUACGUACCUUCCAUUCGAGUCCAGCCACCAUCCCAAGACGAGCCAACCUCGCGCCCUCCAUCUCACCAACCCCGAAAAAUGGACACUGCGUCGCAAUCGCAAGCAGAAUCGCCUUCAAGACACCGCCAUCACCACAGACGCCGCCGCCGAACAUCAGAAGACGAUCGAAAAGAUCGCUCAGAAAGACAAUCCCCUCACAGACCAAGACCAACCUCGCGCAGCACCUCCCGCUCCCGCCCCUCACAACGGCAUAUCUCUCGAUCCCGGCAUCCAAGCAAAGAUCAUGCCCCCACACACAACAAUAGAUCACGCACCCGAUCAACCUCAGGCCAUGCAUCAUCCGCGUCCCGCGACUCCAAAAACGCCUUCCACGCCGGUCUACAAGACAUACUUCAAGGCCUCUUCGGCCACGGCGCCCAAGGGCCCAGCCCAACAGGGCUGAAAGAGCUAUCCGACGAUUUUGGAGACUUGAUCUUCGGCGCGUUGCUAGAUAAGCUCGUCGAUGAGCUCCGGGAGGGGCUAUUGGAGAGAUUGCUCAUCGAGUAUCUUGAGGAGCUUGUGGCUGAGGCCGCUAGGGGGGUUGUGGGACAUCAUUUGAAAGAGAAGGAAAGAGGGAAGGGAAAGUGGAAAGGGAAGGGGAAGGGGAAGGAGGGAGGGAAAUGGAAGGGGGCAGGGAUUGAGGAGCUCAUCGUGGGGGUUACGAAGGAGGCUGUUGGGAGACAGAAGAAGGGGAAGGAGCGUGGAGAGCGUGACGGAGAUGCGGGUAAGGAGAACUGGAAGCAGAGUUUGCUGAAGAGGGCGGCGGUUAUGCUGGCGAAGAGGUUUGCGAAGUAA